ACAUGGUAUCAGAGCCAUCCAUUUCAGUUUAAUUUUCAUAUUUUAUUUUAGUCAUUCAUAUCUCAGUUUGGUUUAUUAGUUUAGUUUACAGCGGGGUUCUUUCUCCAAGAGCUUAUUUCAGUCCAGAAACUUCGGAAUCCUACCAGAUUCUUAAUCCAUAAAAUCAAUUAGCUGCUACUUUCCAGAAAAUCAAUUAGCUGCUACUUUCCAGAAAAUCAAGUAGCUGCUAAUAUUUCAUAAACUCAGUUCAGUUAGCUUUAUAGCCCCAGAUUCUUCAGACCAGAAUUCGAGUCACAUCCAUAGUCAGGAGGUGCGCCUACCUCAGACGACCCAGCAGCUGAAAUCCGACACCGAACUGCCAGGCGAGCGUGCUACACUUUUCUGGCCAGAGAUUUGAUUGGAACUCUUCAACAGGCUCGGCUGAACUCUACCACCAGGUACACGUUACUUCUCUCUCGUUCUUCCUUUAAAAAAGGGACGAUAGCUGUGGAGGAGAUAUAGUGGUUGGUCGUUACUUCUCGCCCACUUCUCGCUCGCUAGGGUCUGGCAUCGAAGCAUCCGGGACAUACGCACGUUUGUUCCUGGUCUUGCGUCGCUGGGGUGUGGGAUCCGAUGUCUGUUAGUCUGAUCCGAUAUCUGGUACUCCGUAUUACUUUAUUUUGUUGAGGGUCUGGAAUCGGACUUUUGUCCGGAAUCUGGACUCUGAAGUAACAGUCAAAGCCCAAGCCCAAGCAGAUUGGAUCUUUUAUUCUCCAAGGUCAAGUCCACAAACGGGCUGCUGUAAAUUUUCAUUGGAUAUCUCAAUUUUGAACGUAAUUACAUUCUCAUAAAUAAAAAAAAAAAUCAAAAAAAAAAAAGCCAAAAAAAAAAAAAUGUCUCGUACAACAGGUCAGUUUGACAAAGGAGUAAUAUGCAAUUACUGCAAGAAACCCGGACACUUGAUUAAAGAAUGUAGAAAAUUGCUAUUCAAAAAUCAAGGAAAUCAGCUUGCUCAUGUUGCUUCCGCUACCAGUUCCUCUGAUGGAUCAAUUGCUAUUUCUUCAGACGAGUAUGCCAAAUUUAUUUGCUACCAAGAAUCUCUAAAGCAUUCCUUUGUCCCUACCUCGGUAGUUGCUAAUUCAGGUAUUUCAAACACAUGUCUUGUUUCAUCAUCCUCAAAAUGGGUUAUUGACUCAGGUGCCACAGAUCAUAUGACCGGUAAUCCUAGUCUAUUCUCAUCAUUUCAUUCAUAUUUACCUACUUCUAAUGUCACUUUAGCUGACGGGUCUACCUCACCCGUCCUUGGAUCCGGUACUGUUGUCCCAACAUCUACUUUACCAUUAUCACCUGUUUUGAGUCUUCCUAAUUUUGCGUUUAAUCUGCUUUCCAUCAGUAAAAUCACACGUACUCUUAAGUGUUCUGUAACAUUUUUUCCUGGAUAUUGUGUGUUUCAGGAUCUGUUAACGAAGCAGACUAUUGGUAAAGGACAUGAGUCGGCUGGUCUUUAUAUUUUGGAUACAUCAAUAACAAAAGAAAUUAAAACUCAAUUUAAUGUUCCUGUUCGUGUGUUAAGGGGAGACAAUGCCCAAGAAUAUCUAUCCGCUCCAUUUAAAUCUUUUAUGCUUCAACAUGGCAUUAUUCAUCAAACUUCAUGCGUAGACACACCUCCUCAAAAUGGAGUUGCUGAAAGAAAGAAUCGACAUCUGUUAGAAACUGCAAGGGCUCUUCUAUUCCAAAUGAAUGUGCCUAAACAGUUUUGGGCUGAUGCUGUGUCUACUUCAUGUUUUUUGAUCAAUCGUAUGCCAUCUUCUGUUUUGGAUGGUAAAACUCCUUAUCAAUGCCUUUUUCCAAAUAAAGAACUUUUUCCCAUUCCACCUAAAAUCUUUGGUUGCACUUGUUUUGUUAGAAAUGUUAACCCUCAUCGCACGAAGUUGGAUCCCAAAUCAUUGAAAUGUAUUUUCUUAGGUUAUUCUCGAGUUCAAAAGGGGUAUAGAUGUUUUUGUCCGAGUACAGGUCGAUAUCUUGUUUCUAUUGAUGUCUCAUUUCAUGAAAAUACACCUUGGUCAUCAUCCAAGACAGAUAUUCAUGAGGACAACGAUGAAAUACUCAUUUACACGGUUACUAUACCUGAGACUACCCCUUCAGUAACUAUACCGAAUGUUCCUAUUCCUGACCCCAGACCUCCAGUACACUUGGUUUACACCCGUCGACACAAAGCACCAGAUCACCAUCCACCUGUGACACCUGUGAUUACUUAUCCUAAUACUAGUCCGGCUUCGAUCUCAUGUCCUGAACCAGUACCUGCAUCUUCAGAUCUUGUCUCUACAUCAGAUCUUGACCUCCCGAUAGCACUACGUAAAGGUACACGGUCUUGUACUCAUCCUAUUUCUUCAUUUGUGUCAUAUAGUCAGUUAUCCUCUGCCUCAUGUUCUUUUAUUGCUUCCAUUGAUUCUAUUUCUGUUCCCAAAUCUGUUAAAGAAGCUUUGUCUCAUCCUGAAUGGCGUCAUGCCAUGGUAGAGGAAAUGAAUGCUUUGGAUCUUAAUGGUACUUGGGAUUUGGUAGACUUGCCUACAGGGAAGAAGUCUAUUGGAUGUAAGUGGGUCUUUGCUGUUAAGGUUAACCCAGAUGGAUCUGUUGCUCGAUUGAAAGCUCGAUUAGUUGCGAAGGGUUAUGCUCAAACCUAUGGUGUUGACUAUUCUGACACUUUUUCUCCUGUUGCUAAAUUAACAUCUGUCAGGUUACUUAUUUCACUUGCUGCAACUCAUGGUUGGCACUUACAUCAG